AUGAGCAUCAACAUUACUUUUACACACAUAUAUUUACGCAAGAAGAACUACGGGAUCGACCUUCGGUCACAGCAGCCUGGAUGUUCCUACGACUACAAAUCCAUUAAUGCAUUACGGGCGCUACACUUUCUCGGAGACCCGAAGGCGCCCGACGCUGGUCCCGAAGUUGCCUGUGGCGGGCGGUCUCGGCGGCUCGUCCCUCACGCCCCUGGACAUACGAAGGGUCAACACCUUCUACAAAUGCGUUUAAGGGCGAAGAUUUCAACGUUAUGGGAUAGAAAAAAGAGUCUUUAUGCGUUUUAUGAAAGAGGCGGAUGUUCCGAGUUUCUGAUGCCCGGCCGCGAUUGGGAGAGAAUGUGGUUUCAGGAAUGAUUAUGUGAUGUGGAAUGAGGAUUCGUGUCGCGGAUUAGAGACGAGGCGGGGCGGGGCUGUGAGGUUGUCGUCAAAAAUUCUCGUUCGUUUUUUUUUUCCACACUCACUGAACCUCAUUAGUACUAAUUAUGAUUGACGAUGGCUUGGGGAAGAUGAACUUGCUGAA